AUGCCGCAGCAUGACCAUCAACUAUCUACUUCCGGGUUUGGAAAAACGUAUUCUUUUGAUCAAAUGAGCUUUGCAGACGUGACGCAGUUUGCAGACUUCUGUCCGGGAGUGGCGCUGAACCAGACUUCUAACCAUGACGAUCAAGAAACCGGGAUCGACCCGAUUUAUUUCUUGAAGUUCCCUGUCUUGAACGAAAACAUAGAGUACCAUAACCAAACGCAACAUCUAAUGUUUUCUCAAGUAGGUAGCGACUGUGGAGGAAACAUAUCCAGCGGUUUUCUUGAGGAGAAAGAUAUUCAAGACGUAGACAACGACAAUUACGCCGUGAAAAUCCGUUCUACUGGAGGAGAAGAACAAGAAAAUAGAGAGAACAAGAAUGUUGCGACAAAAGAGGUGAAGAUCAACAAGAGGAAGAGAGCUAGAAGAAUCAAGACCAGCGAAGAAGUGGAAAGCCAACGAAUGAUUCAUAUCGCGGUCGAGAGGAACCGUAGGAAGCAAAUGAACGAGCAUCUACGUGUCAUCAGGUCCCUCCUGCCUGGCUCCUACGUUAAAAGGGGAGACCAAGCAUCGAUCAUAGGAGGAGUAAUAGAGUUUGUAAGAGAUCUCGAGCAACUCCAACAAUGUCUGGAAUCACAGAAGCGUGAGAGAGUCCUGGGAGAUAUGACCUCGCCAAAAAAUUCUUCUUCUUCACCCAUAACUGCGGUAACUCAACCGCUCACUAUUACCGGAAAUGUAACCGAGCUAGAGGUUGGAGGAGGGCUUUGGGAGGAGACGGCGGAGAACAAGUCGUGUUUUGCUGACGUGGAGGUAAAACUUAGAGGGUGUGACGCCAUGAUCAAGAUACUUUCAAGAAGAAGACCAGGACAACUGAUCAAGACCAUAGCUGCUUUGGAGGAUCUUGAUCUCUCGAUUCUUCACACUAACGUCACUACCAUGGAACAAACCGUCCUCUACUCCUUCAAUGUCAAGGUAAGUUUCACUUGCUUAAUUGUAUAA